UAAUCCGCCAGCGAGGCAAUGUCGGAUUACGUUGCCGCGAGCUGAGAGGCUUAUCAUUUAGCUCGCGCGUUCACUCUCGCUUAUGCGCAGCUUUGGGAAAGGCAAUGUCGUACUCUCAAGGCCACAUCUGCCAUUUCCUUAGCCGCCUGCUUCAAUGCAGGCGCGACUGUCUGGUGACCAUCUCCGGCGGCCGCCGCCGCACUGGCGGUGAGUUUGUGGACGGAGUACUCAGUCUGGCUUGCGGACUAUUGGAGUCAGGUCUUCUCAAGCGAGGGGAAGUAGUCGCCAUUGCUGGCUUCAACAGCGAUUGGUACUUGGAGUGGAUGCUGGCCGUCACAUAUGUGGGAGGCAUUAUUGCUCCUUUGAACUACCGCUGGAGCUUGGAGGAGGCAAAAUCAGCCCUGGAGGUUGUGAAACCUGUGAUUUUGGUGGUUGAUGAGAGCUGCAGUUCAUGGGCUCUACAACUUACCAACAUCAGCGUCGUGCAGUCUCUUAGGCUCCAUGCUCUUAUUGGAUGCAUUACCCCUUCCAGCCUCUCCAUGAGUGCAAAUUGGCAUAUGAGCAUCUCUUUUAUUGCAGUUCUAGCUAUGGAUUCCAUUAGAAAAGCUUCACAUGGUACCCAAUUCAUUAAUCCUGUUUGUGCGACUGGUGGCAUUGCUUUAAUCUGCUUCACGUCAGGAAGCACAGGAAAGCCCAAGGGAGUUGCUAUUCGCCAUGAAGCAUUAGUAAUCCAGUCUCUAGCAAAAAUUACCAUUGUUGGUUAUGGCGAGGAUGAUGUAUAUCUUCACUCAUGCCCUAUGUGCCAUAUUGGUGCAAUAUCUUCUUGUAUAGCCAUGCUAAUGGUUGGUGCUUGUCAUGUUUUCAUUCCAAAGUUUGAUGCAAAAUUAGUUUCUUCUGCUGUUGAACAGAAUCAUGUUACUUCUCUAAUCACUGUUCCAGCAAUGAUGGCUGAUCUAAUUUCCUUCUCCAGGCAAUCACAUAAAUGGAAUGGUGGAGAAACAGUAAAGAAGAUUCUUAAUGGAGCAGGUAGUCUAUCAACUAACCUUGUCAAAGACGCCAUCGAUAUGUUCCCUAAUGCCAAGAUUAUAUCAGCUUAUGGUAUGACAGAGGCAUGCUCUUCUCUCACUUUCAUGCCAGUAUAUGAUCCGAUGUCACAAAAGCCGAGGAAAAGCCUUUCAAGUUAUGACAAAUUAAACACCGACGCACUCCAACUACAUGGUAGAGUUUGUGUUGGUAAACCAGCUCCACACAUAGAGUUGAAGAUAAGCUGUGAUCCCACUAGUUCUGGUUCACCUUUGAUUGGGAGCAUCCUAACAAGAGGCUCGCAUGUGAUGGUUGGUUACUGGGAUCAAGCUGCCAAAACUUGCAAUUCUGGUAACAGUUCUUGGCUUGACACAGGAGAUAAAGGGUGGCUUGAUAGUCAUGGAAAUUUAUGGUUGGUUGGGCGAACAAAGGAUCUAAUUAAAAGUGGAGGAGAAAAUAUAUAUCCUGAGGAGGUGGAAGCUGUUCUUUGUCAGCUCAUGGGAGUUGCUGGUGCUGUUGUUUUUGGCAUUCCAGAUAUUCACCUCACAGAAAAGGUUGUUGCUUGUGUUUCAAUGGAGGAGGACUGGAUAUGGAUUGAUGAAAAAACCAGGAAUUCUUUGGGGACAAACCAGCUAUCGAGCGAGAUAAUGAAGAAUUUUUGUCGGCAAAAAAAUCUAACCCGGUUCAAGAUACCCAAAGUCUUCAUGCCGUGGAGAAAGCCAUUUCCAUUAACUGCCAGUGGAAAGCUGAGAAGAGAUGAUGUUAAAAAGGAGGUGAUGUCCUACAUGCGAAUCCCAAACAGUAGCUUAUGACAUAGCAUUGUAUUGGAUUUAUUAAGGCUUCUUUUGGGAUGGCUUUCUUAUCGUUUAGUAAAGCGGCUUUUUAGUACAAAAAUUUAAUUUUUGUACUAGAAAGCCGUUUUAAGAAACAGGAAGAAAGCCGUCCCAAACGAAGUCUAAG